AUGCCGGCGCCAAGAGUGUUAUCGGCGUUAGAUGUGGCGAGGAUACAGUUAUACCAUUUCAAGGCCAUAGUCAUCGCCGGAAUGAGUCUCUUCACCGACGCUUACGAUCUUUUCUGUAUAGCUCCCGUCUUAAAAAUGCUCAGCCAAAUCUAUUACAAGAAAGAUUCAGUCGGAACACCACUUCUCUCCACUUUCUACGCCAUCGCUCUCCUCGGCGCCGCCUUAGGUCAGCUCUUCGUCGGCUACUUAGGCGACCGCCUCGGACGCAGACGAGUCUACGGUAUAUGUCUCAUGAUCAUGGUCUUAAGCUCCUUCGGCUGCGGAUUCUCCGUCUGCACCACUCGCCGGUCUUGCGUCAUGGCCAGUCUUGGCUUCUUUAGAUUCUUCCUCGGGCUCGGUAUCGGUGGAGAUUACCCUCUCUCCGCCACCAUCAUGUCAGAGUUCGCUAAUAAACGGUCGCGUGGGACUUUUAUCUCAGCCGUCUUCUCCAUGCAGGGGCUAGGAAUCUUGAUGAGCUCCGCCGUUACGAUGUCUGUAUGCUCGGCGUUCAAGAAGGCCGGAGAAAGGAGUUCAGAGAAAACUAGAGCGGAGGAAUCGGAUAUUGCGUGGAGGUUGAUUCUGAUGAUCGGUGCUAUUCCCGCCGCUUUAACCUUCUACUGGCGAAUGCGCAUGCCUGAAACAGCCAGGUAUACAGCAUUAGUUGAGAAAAAUGCUGUCCAAGCAGAAAAAGACAUGCAAAAAGUCAUGUCCAUAUCUGAAAUAGACGAAGAUUUUCGAGAAGAACCACAUACUUCUACUUGUUCGUACAAACUCUUCUCUCGCCGUUUCUUCAGCCUCCACGGCCUUGACCUCUUCGCAGCCUCAGCCAAUUGGUUCCUAGUGGACGUUGUCUUCUACACAAGCAACCUCCUCCUUUCUCAAAUCGUCAGUUUAUCCAACAAACCUUCCAGUACCGCAAAUGUCUAUGACUCUGCCUUCGAAGCAGCUAAGGUCGCCGCCAUCGUAGCCGCGUGCUCCACCAUCCCUGGUUACUGGUUCACGGUUUAUUUCAUCGAUAGAAUCGGUCGAGUUAAGAUUCAAAUAAUGGGGUUUUUCUUUAUGGCCGUCGUUUACUUAGCCGCUGGCAUUCCGUACAGCUGGUAUUGGUUGCAUGAGAAGACUAAUAAUAAAGGCUUUAUGAUUCUCUACGGAUCGAUCUUCUUCUUUAGCAACUUUGGUCCUAAUACGACUACGUUUAUUGUCCCAGCUGAGCUUUUCCCGGCUAGGUUUAGGUCAACAUGCCAUGGGAUUUCGGGAGCUUUCGGGAAGCUUGGAGCUAUUGCUGGGACUGUUGGUUUCUUGUGGGGCACGAAACGCGACGAAGAGCACAAAGACGUUUUCCCUGACGUGAAACGCGUUAGGAUCGCGUUUUUUAUCCUUGGGGGCGUUUGUAUCGCUGGAAUGUUGGUGACGUACUUCUUCACGCGCGAAACUAUGGGAAGAUCGUUAGAAGAGAACGAAGAGGAAGAUAUUGAUAAUAAUCAAGACAAUGAUACAAAACCUCAAGAAAAUAGUAAUCCUUCAUUCAAGCUGGCUACUGACUUCUUGAAUAUAGUAAAAAGUUACUGA